UUCGUCGUCGUCACCGUUGCGGCUGUUUACGACAGUGGUUUUACGACAGUGCGCUCGGCUCCUCGCAUCACCCGAGUUCAAGAUGGCCUCGUCGUUUUGGAAAGGUGUCGUCGGCGUCGGACUCUUUGCCUUAGCUCACGCGGCGUUCUCGGCGGCACAGCAUCGAUCGUACAUGCGACUCACAGAGAAGGAAAACGAGACACUACCAUUCGAUAUUGUACUACAGACCAUCUUGUCGUUUGUGAUGACCUGCUAUGGCAUCGUCCACAUCGCCGGAGAGUUCAGAGACAUGGAUGCCUCCUCGGAGCUGAAAAACAAAACCUUCGAUACACUGAGGAACCACCCAUCCUUUUACCUUUUCAAUCACCGGGGUCGGGUGAUGUUCCGAGUGCCGGAGGAAGAACCCUCCUCGGCGCGCAACCAGCAAGCUAUUCCCAACCCCAUACGGCUACGCAAGCUGGAGCAUUUGCACUGAGACUGGCCUUCUCCUGCCUGUAACAUAAUCUACGUCAGAUAAGAUUCGUUUUUUGUUAGAUGGAGGGGGCACCGCGAGAAUUCAUCCUCCUCUACUUUUAUAUAUUAACUAAUAUGCUGUCCAAACUUGCAUUUGUUCCAUAGAAGUGGUCACUACCAUGUUCAACACUGACUGUGCCAACCCUUCAGUUUUUCAGGCAGAUUUGUUUGUACAGUAUGUAAAUGCUUUGGAGUCUUAAGAUACUGAGACAUCCCCCCCUCCUCUGUCCCUUCUGAACUCAUUUGGGAUAUUGCUGUCCUUUGUAUAUCCUUUGUGUGAGGGGGAUAAACACGCUUGUCAACUCCCUGUUUGAUUUCAACCACACAUCAGUCUCGAGCUGGGGCAGAACUUUUUGUUAAACGAAAUGUGUUUUGUUGUAUGAACCGAGGACCCUUUUUAUUUCCUUGAAGAUUUCCUAGAAACAUAAAAGCUCAUCUGUACAUCCUGUUUGCAAUAAAGAGGUUUGAUUUAUGCUGCAAGUGAAAUGUGUGGGAGCAGACAACACAACGAGACAGACGUUCUAACGAUACUGUGAACAAUAAGGCAGAGUAGAGAGUCAUGGUACAUUCAUUGGGUGAAGUUUAUUUUUUCCUUCGUUUUACAUUUUGUUAAGAUUUAACAGAUUGUUUUUAAUUUAAUAAAAGGCGUACUGAUUUUA